GGACGCUGUGCCAUCACUGCUGACAAUUUUGCCCAGUGCGCAGCGCUGUGGGCAGAGCAAGGGAGCGGAAAUAUUUCAGUACCCUUGAAGCGGACAGCUCUCCCCGGAUCCACACGUUUCUGACCGCCGGGCUCAGCAUACGAGCCUGGAGGGCCGCGGAGGAUCACAGAUCAUACCCAAGAUAAGGGAGUGUGUAGCCGCCACUCUGAAGGCUAACACCUCCCUGUUCUUGCUAAAUCGUGACCACUUACACGCCGCCGAAGCCACAGUGCAAGGGUGAGAAAGAGGGAGGAAGGGGGAGUGUAGAGCAUCACUACAGAGAGAGAUGGCGGAGUGCGGGCGGAAGGCGCUGUCUCUCCUGGAAGCGGCCCGAUCCCGGUACGAGAGCCUGCAGAUAUCCGACGACGUGUUCGGCGAGUCCGGGGAUGACAGCAGCGACAAUCCUUUCUACAGCACCUCCGGAGACUCCGACUCCGACAGCUGCAUAGCUGACGUGGGCGAUGAGCUGCACCAGCACCAAAAACGGGGCGACGAGGGGAGCGGGCUCGGCGGGGGAGCAGGGAGCCGCGGCAGCAGCGGAGCCGGUCCCCCGGGCUCCCUGUCCCGCAGCCAGGCAGAGGCGGACGGCUGGACGGAGACCCUGCAGGAUGUCAAGGUGCCGCCGUACAAAGAGACAUACGGUCCUGCUCAGAAGAUGCCAGCCAAUGCCACAGCCUUGGACUUUUUCCAGCUCUUUGUCCCGGACAAUUGCAUCCAAAACAUGGUCACCCAGACUAACAUGUACGCCAAGAAGUUCCAGGAGCGCUUUGGCUCAGACGAAGGCUGGCAUCCCGUCACCGCCCAGGAGAUGAAGGCCUUUCUGGGCUUUGUCACCUCCACCAGUGUGCACCGCUGCGAGUCGGUGCUCAGCAUCUGGAGCUCAGGCUUUUUCAGCAACCGCAGCAUCGCCUUGAAGAUGAGCCAGGCACGUUUUGAGAAGAUCCUCAAGUACUUCCACAUUGUGGCUUUUCGGCCGUCACAAGGAAGCAACCAGGGCCUGUACAAGAUACAGCCUUUCCUGGAUUCACUGCAGCAGUCAUUUAACUGCACAUUCAGACCUUCACAGACACAGGUUCUUCAUGAGCCCUUGAUAGACGAGGAUCCAGUGUUCAUCACCACCUGUACAGAAAGAGAGCUGAGGAAGAGAAAGAAGAGGAAGUUUAGCCUCUGGGUUCGCCAGUGCACCUCCACAGGAUUUAUUUGUCAGAUCUCAGUCCAUCUGAAGGACGGCCAGGGUGCAGAUGGCCUGGCCACCUUGAAGAACAAGCCUCAGCUCCAUAGCCUUGUGGCCAAGCAGCUCUGCCAGAAUAUCUCUGGCAAGAACACCGUCAUCUUCACCGGGCCGUCCAUCACAAGCUUCAGCCUUUUCAUUGAAUUCAGCAAACAAGAUAUCUUCUGUUGUGGUCUGCUGAGCACCAGGAAGAGUGACUGUACAGGUUUACCGCAGAGCAUGUUGGUCUGCAGCUCCACAUCAGCGAAGCGUGGCCAAUCACAAGUAAUGAUGAAAGGCAGCAUGUCACUGAUCAGCUGGUACAACAAGGGACACUUCCGGUUCCUCACCAACGCGUACUCCCCAACAAAACAAGGUUUGAUCAUUAAGAGGAAAAGUGGGGAAAUCCCAUGUCCUUUGGCUGUCGAGGCCUUUGCGGCGCACCUCAGCUACAUCUGCAAAUUUGACGACAAGUACAGCAAGUACUUUAUCUUCCAUAAGCCCAACAAGACCUGGCAGCAGGUGUUCUGGUUGAGCAUCAGCAUCGCCAUCAACAAUGCAUACAUCCUCUACAAAAUGUCUGACGCCUACCCGGUCAAACGCUACAGCCGAGCACAGUUUGGAGAGAGACUGGUCAGAGAGCUGCUGGAUCUAGACGACUGCUCCCCCACACAGUGAGGAGGAUGAAAAGGAGGAGGAGGAGAACAACAGGAGCGCACAGCAAACACCCACAAACACACACAUAACACAAUCCCCACACCUAUUUACACCCUUCAUAACAGACUCUGCCGUCCGUGUCUAUGUGAUAAUACUGAAGCAGUGUAGUGCCUAUGUCUCUCUUCCUAGUUAUUUUUUUGUGGUACUGCAAGUAUUCAUUAACACACAGCUGCACACUUACAGAACAGAGAAACAUGAGCCAUCGGACAGUUCACAUGCCUCAGCUGCAACUUUCCACCACAAAGAUUUAGUAAGGAUUUGUCAGCAGGAUCAAUUUCAAAAGCAGAUGAAGGCAGGAGCAAUGAAACCGGGAGGAAUUCACCAUUUAAUGAUGUCAAGAGUGAAAUUAUUGGUAUGAGCCUGAAUCUCCUGUGUGACUAUGCGUAGCUUGAUAUUUACAUCCUGCAAAAACACGUGACCCUGAUACAGAAGCUUAGUAAACCAGGACUAUGGUGUGUUCACACACUGCAUGCAAAAAGAAUCUGGAUUGUGAUGUGCUCUUGUUCAAUGUGAAAAUGAUUCCUGCUCCAGGUGGCUUUUUGUUUGUGUGCAUUUAUUAAUUGGAACUGCCAUUUGUGUGUGUCACAUUGAGCCUGAGGAUGUAAAUGUACAGCUAUUGUGACCCAAAUUUGUAGUGUAGCUGCAUACCGUGCUCGCUAGACAAAGACUGUCAGGGGAUGUAAAGCCACACCCAGCAGUGUGCCACCAAUUCACUGUUUCCUCCUUCAAAAGAGCCCAGAGCAGAUACAAAAAAAUUGUGUCAGAUCCCCCUGAAAACCCAAUUUUGGGAAUUGCUCUAAAAUGGUAAAUAUUUGUGCUAUAUGUGGCAUGGUUUUAUUUAUAAAUAAAACGUUUUUUCAGCUUCAUCAUCGCUCAUGGUAAGCUGGUUGAAAUAAUAUGUUUUUAGAGUCUUUGACACAAAAUGUCAUCAAAUCUGAAAUCUACUUUUGUACUAACACUUUUAUUGCAAGAUAAAAUUGUCAUAUUUGCCUGUUUCAUUACUUAUGUAUUAUAAUACUAUGCAAGCUAUCCGUACUUUGGCUUUGCAGGUCAGAACGUGUCCACAGUCUCCUUGAUCAAAUGUUCAGAAUGUCUGUGUUGCUAGACUACAAGUACUAUCUUGGCCAGUGGACAGGGGUUUGGAUAAUGUUUCUUGGCAAGAUUUGCAUCCAAAAAGUAAAAACCAAUGCACUGGUGGCUUAUGAGAUGUCCAAAGAAACCCACAAAGCAACAAAUCUUAACUUAGGUAAAUGGCGUUACAGCCAUCUGAUUGUUGUGCAGUCAAAAGAGUUACUCAGAAAAAAAAACCCUGCAAUUAUCGGAUAAAUAAGAAACAUGGAUGGUUACUUUUUUAAUUAGAACAUUUGCAAGCAGUAACACCUGAGGGUCUGUUUUAGUCUUUGGAAUAGAAUACUGUACUUUUUGUGAAAUGGAAGCAUUAAUGCAUUUUGGACAAUUACUGUGAAGGUCUCCUUUUUCCAGUGGCACAUUUCUUGCCAGGUAACAAAUUUAAGUCUGCCAUCUCUUGUCCAGCCAGUGGAAGUGUGAGUGAGAAAAAAACGUUUAUCUGACACAAAAUCAACUUACUGUCUUCACACCACACUGCUGUCUGUAGCUUUAAUUAGGAUUUAAAUUCAACAUGCUUUGCUCAACAUGUGCAUUAUGCAGUCAACAUGCUAUUGUCACACUGGUCCUGUUUAUGAAGUGACAGUUAUUGACUGGUGCUUGCAGCAUGGUUAGAUGUGUGAAUAUUUGUUGUGUUGUGAUAGUCUUUAUGAUGGCAGAACAGAGUGUUGAGUGAUUGGCUGGCAGGACUCAAGCACUUUCCCUCAUCACAGUCUUGCACUUUGUGGAGAUUUGUAAAGUUAGCAACAUGCCUCUUAGAUUAUCAUUUUAGUUUGAUUUUAACUAAAUGAUAGUUUGAGAAAAAUGUUUAAAAAACAAUAAAAUAAAAUAUAUAUAUAACUGUGUGUAGAUAAAUGGAAUUGAUUAUAUAAAAUUACAACAAUUAAAUAAAACUAAAUAAAAUCAGAAAAGAUUACCACUGUAGAUAUAUAGUAUAUGGUUCAGUAUGUCUGUGUGUAUUUUGUAUUUUUGUGAGUGUAUGUCCAUGAUCUCUCUGUCACUGAGACCCAAGAUUGUGAUUUUCUUUUUCCUUUUCCUUUUUCACUAAUCCAAAGCAUCGUUGUUGUCAUUGUUGCUCUUGUGAGUAUGUGUACUGUAUGUGUUAAAUCACUGUUCACCUUCGAGUAACACUGUUAAUGUUAAGAGGCACCCAUGUUAUGUCAUGUAUUUGUAAACUAAUGAUUUGAAUACACUAUUUGAUGCCUACAAAUUACACACACAUUAAAUUGAUUUAAACUGAUAUACAGCUGUGGCCAUUGUAGGAACAUAUUCAUCCCCUGCAGUCUGCAUAGAAGUAUAGUUUUUUUUUGGUAAUUACAGUACAAAUCCCCUCUGAAACACAUUGCAUUAGGAUUAGGUUUUCCAUUAGAUAAAAACAAAAACAUAAAGUCCAUAUUUCAAUCACAUUUUCUACAUCGCUUUCAUUUCUUUGAGGUUUGACUGGUGCUCUUUUAAACUGGCACUAAGCAAUGUUAAACCAAUACACGUUUUAUAAAAAUCUGCAAAUAUUUCCCUUACAAUCCGCUAGCUGUCGGUUAUGUGUGUGCACCGACAUACAGGAUUGUUUUUCAGUCCUGGCUCUUUAAAUUAAAAGCAAAAAAAUGGCUUGAACCGCACCUCACAACACUGUGCAGUUUGUAAACAUCACUCCCCGACACCUUGAGAGACGUGCUAGCUUACAAAGCUACGACUCAGGGGUUUGACCUAGUGGUUAGCGUGGCGGUCUCCCAUAGUCUCCCAAAAUCAUCAACAACAACAAAGAGAGAGACAAGCUUUUUCCAAUAUCGCGUACUGACCCUUUAACUAUGUCAUCUUUCUUUUUUUUUUCAAUGGGUUUAUAGAUCAACUGUGACACCAGCUGCUUAUCGAGAUCCUCUCAACUUGUAAUAAUCAUAUAAGUGGAUAGACGUUUAUUUUCUUUUACUGAUGAUUUACUAUAAAUGUAUUUAAAUUUAACUGACUUUAAGAUGACAUUCUCUUAAUUCUGGUAUGAAGAGCGUUUUACUGCCCCCACAAUUUCAAGUCUUUUGCCUCACUGAUUCUGGGUGUGGUUUGAAACACCUGUAGCCACACCUACAAGUGAACAGUUAGCUUAAGCUUACCUUAAGCUUAAGCUUAACCUUAAGCCCAGGACAUUUGUUGUCCUGGGUACAGUAAUAAAGUAAGGGUUGAGAAAAGAUGGACAAAUGAAUAAAAACGUAGACUAUUGGUUUCAUGAACUGCAAUCUCCUGUGUGUAACUCCUGUGUUUUGUUGACCUAUCAAUCCAUCCAUCCCAACCUCAUGGUACGUCUACGUCACUUGUCAUAUGGCCCAUAGAGAUCGCCUGACAGUAAAACAAAAGUGUGGGUUGCAUUAAGGUGCUGCACAAAUUUACUAUACGGUUGUUUAACGCAAGAGGAAAUUCUUAAGUAACUGUAAAAAUCUAGAAAACCUAGAAAUCCAUCAUAUAUUUCCAAUAUAUAUACCAGAUACCAAUUUCUCUACUGAGACUUACCCCAGGAGCCUUGUUGCAUGUACAUGUACUGUAGCUGCAAGGUCCAUUGCAGUCUGAGUAAGGGGCAUGGACGCCAUUAUCAGCAGAAUUUAAAAAAUAAAAAUCAAGCAUUUCAAGCUAAAUAACCCUCUGGACUGUGUGACAAAAUGACAAGGCAGAACACACACAUGCCAAGUGUGUGUUUGUUUGGUAAUCCGCAUAGGUUUUUUGUAGUGCUUGUAACUUUCAACUUAGACCACAUAUCAGAAGAAAUUAUGCACAGAGUAAUUUACAAGGCCACGUUCAUCUAGCAACAAAUUAUUAUAAUUAUUUGUUCGAAAGAAGAAAAAAAGUGUAUUUGAAUUUUUUCUGGUGAUUAGGGAAAACAUUUAUCAUCCCAGUUGCAGAGAGAGCUGAAUGGUUUCAUUUGGCUUCCAUUUUUAUCAUCUAUCAUCUAAGAGAGAUACUUUUCUAAAUUUAGUUCAGAGGAAAAACAUGACUUUUUUUUAAUUCUCAAGCUGAGGUGAAGUACAAUUAUUACAACUAUUCUGUCCAGUCUGCUCUCACGAAUCAGAUAUUUCUUAAGUGUCUGUUCUGUUUAUUUCAUGUUUUCAGUAUUAAUGUCCUGAGUUAAUGUGAAUACAAAACAGAAUAGAUAAAAAAUGGUCCUAACAAAUGUAGUAUGGUAAACUCCUGUCCUGGUGUGAGACUAAAGGAAUAAAUCGCCUGUUCAAUAGAGAUUUAGAUGCAGAAGCAUCCAGCCCUUGUCUCACUGAUAUUCGUUUUUUAACACAUCUCAGGUUCGAUAAAACAUUUCAUAUACAAAAUGUUUGGCUAGGGGCACUUCCUGGACUCACUAGAGUUUGUUUGAGUUGCACUUAGCUCUUUGGAUGUGAUGCAUGUAGAUCCAGAGAGCCUUAAAACAAAAAGUUUUCCUGAAGAGUACUUUGAUUGUUGUCACUAUGUUUUGUUUUCUGUUUCCUACCUUGUAUCUUUUUACAAGGAGCAAAGGUGACUGAUGUCUUUCAGUUGUGUCCAUUUGUUUAUGUCAGAUGGACAAACGGUAGUGAAAAAAGGUAAAUGAGAAGGAGCAGGAUCCGGGCAAUUGCUAAUACAGAAGUAUUUGUCUUCCAUUCAAUUUUGUCAGGUGAAUGACCAUCCCCAAUCAUUAGUUGCUUAUCAAAAAAUAUUACAUAAACAUACUAUGACAUUAACCAAACUCAGUCGUUUUUUUAAUGGUAAAGAAGUUGUGUAUACGAUGUUGUCCAUAAAUGUGAUGUAAUGUAUGUGCCAUCUAUGUACAGUGCUUCACAGAUGUCAUUAUUAGUGAGACAGUUGUCGUAAAGAUAUAUAAAUGCUUAGCUUUAGAUGUGAAAAAGAACUAAAAUGGCUGACCUCAGGACUUCAUGACUAACUGCUGUACAAUAUAUUUACUUGUUAAAGAAAUAUACAUUACACUAAAUGGAUUUAUAUAUAACCAUAUCUGGUGCUAUUAAAUCACUGUACAAGUAACAGUAUAAUUAGAGGGUUGUGAACACCAGGGUCAUAUAUUACAGGAGUUGUACCAAUAAAAACACCAUAAGUUAAAGUUUCUAGAUUAAGUAUCAGAAAUUUUAAUAAUACCAAUUGCAAACUUUAAUGUCCAAGUGGUAGAACUUUUUUCACAUCAUAUGAUUCUGGUUUGUGAUGGUGGAUGCAGAAUGUUGAAUAACCCAGUGCUAUGGAUGCAACCAUGUGUGUGUGUGUGUGUGUGUGUGUGUGUGUGUGUGUGUGUGUUUGUGUGUGUGUGUGUGUGUGUGUGUGUGUGUGUGUGUGUGUGUGUGUGUGUGUGUGUGUGUGUGUGUGUGUGUGUGUGUGUGUGAAUGUACAUGUAAUGUUAAUGCUGGGUUGAGUAAAAUGUGUAAAAUAACUGGUGUAUGUGUGUGCUGGACCAAAUGACUUCAUGAAAAUGUGUGUGGUGAUGAGUUGUACAUGGUUGUCAUGUAGAUGUGUCGUCAUUAAAACUCUCCACAUGUGGGUGCUCUGUUGAAGA